AUGGCCGGCGUUCCCAGCACCUACGAUGCGCCCGUUCACAUCGCCGUUAUUGGCGGCACCGGCAUCCAGUCGCUACCUGGCUUCACCCUCGCUGCGACUCUCGACGUUGACACACCAUGGGGCAAGCCUUCCUCGCCCGUCAGCAUCCUGCACCACCCCUCGCCCUCUUCUGGCAAGGUCGUCCCCAUCGCCUUCCUUUCACGUCACGGUCUUUCCCACGAGCUUGCGCCCCAUGAGGUCAAGAAUCAGGCCAACAUCGCCGCUCUGCGCCACCUUGGUGUGCGCACCAUCAUUGCCUUCUCUGCCGUGGGCUCGCUGCAGGAGGAGGUCCGCCCGCGCGACUUCGUAGUCCCCGACCAAGUCAUCGAUCGCACCAAGGGUAUCCGUCCCUUCACAUACUUCGAGAAGGGCAUGGUCGGCCACGUUGGCUUCGGCGAUCCCUUUGACGUCAAGCUGGCUGACAUUGUGCGCAAGUGCGGCCACAGCUUGGAGGGUGAGGGCGUUACGCUGCACGACAAGGGUACCAUCAUCUGCAUGGAGGGCCCGCAGUUCAGCACGCGCGCCGAGUCCAACAUGUACCGCAGCUGGGGCGGCACUGUCAUCAACAUGUCUGCUCUGCCCGAGGCUAAGCUAGCACGCGAGGCUGAGAUCGCCUACCAGAUGAUAUGCAUGGCCACCGACUACGACUGCUGGAGGGGCGCCGAGGGUGAGGAUGUCAAUGUUGAGAUGGUUAUGGGACAUAUGAAGGCCAACGCCGACAACGCGAGGCGCUUCGUUGGUGCUGUUCUGAACGAGCUCAGCAAGGAGGAGCACGCAGAGCAGGUCCAGGGCAAGCACCUUGAGAACCAGACCAAGUUCGCUGGCUCCAUGACCAAAAAGGAAGCUCGCGGACAGGAGACCGAGAAGAAGCUGCAGUGGCUCUUCCCUGGCUACUUUGACUGA